AAACAUUUUAGGUUUCAAAUAUGAAAAAUACUUCAAUAAUGAUAAAACUACUGUAAUGUUUGAAUAUUUUCAAACCAGUUAAGUAGUUUCGGCGAAACCUAAAUUAGUGUUUUAACUUUAAACCGUAACGUUUAUCAUUAGUUUUGUUUUUAAAAAUUCAUAAGCGUGAUAAAUAUGAGGAUGUUAUUUGACCGAAAAACGAGUUAUUUUAAUUUUUUAACAACAAUUUUAUCGAGUUUGCUCUAUCAAAUUUCUUUUUCUUUAGAGAAUUCAGAAUGUUAUAACUAUUCCCCAUGUGUUGGACUCCCCGCGUAAUAUUUUGAUAGACAAUCGCUCCUCUCCGUUCCAUAGUCCACAUGAAAGGACCGCGUCUCUUAUUGUUUCAUGUUCUUGCACUCAAAUAACUCAACUUCGCGGGUUUUGUUUUGGUCGCCCGAUGAAUUAAUUGGAGAUUAAUUAAUAAAGGCCAUUGUUGAGAUGUUUCAAAUGAUACUCGGUAAAAAGAUCUCCCCUUCGGGCAUUUAAGUCUAAAAAUACUACCUCUGAUGCUAUCAGGAUUUCAAACGCAUAUGUGCUCGCUUGACUUACACAAAAAUACAUAAAAAUCAAUCGAUUCUCUGCCAAGUAUGGUAUUUGUUCAACAGCAUACACUUCAGUUACUGUUUGGAAGUAGUGUUUGAAACGUUCGUCUAAUCGUGUCUUUGCAUGGUUUAGGGUACUUUUUGCAUGGGAAAUAACUCUGAACCCUACAGGAUAAUUAUUCCAUCGGUAAACGAGCAAAGUCAUGUGAAAAAUGGCAGAUUCAACUCACACGUUAUUGAGCGGAAGUGAAGACAACGAUUCCAUAGAACCUCCAAAACAGAAGAAUUCUAAAGUCGACGAAUUUUUGUCUCGAAUCAACGAUACGUAUUGCCAGUCUAAAGCUGACCAGAUUCUGAGACUUUUGAAAGACCAGGAGGACCUUAAUUUGAGGUUUCACGAUUGUGAUUUACACAGUGAGGACUCAGACGAUUCAGAUUGUUCGAGUGACAACUCUGUGAAAGAAACCGAACAAAGAUUAGUUGCCCGACUUGCCCUCCAUAAACAGAGAGGUGCAAGAUCGAAAACUUCUAUGGGAUUUUAUAACGAUACGGAACGAACAGAAAAAUAUACCUAUAGUUCUGACGAAGAGGAUAUCGAAAUGGAGGAAAGACCGAACACAAGAAUUAACCGUCCAAAAUCGAGUUAUGUCCGACGACAUACGGAUAUUCAGGGAGAUUCUACUGACGAAAAUAACGAAGUCGAUACUAGUGUCCAAAGACGUUGUCGAUCAACGCGGCCACAAUCUCGACUCGGAAAUCGAGGGGACAUUCAUCGAAGUAAUGUUCUCCAAGAGACCCCCUACAACAUUCAGGCCCCACCCACAUCUCCACGGGCAGACCUAAUAGACGAGACUAACUAUGAAAAAUAUGCUCACACGAGAACAUCGGGCGUACAGAGACCCCGAUCUAGAAUCAAGGGAUUCUGUGAUGCUUCCCAUACUAAUGAAGUGAUACCUCAUACAUUACAAAGACAGAAAACUGUACAUGAUAUAUCAACUUCUCAAACCUACUCAAGUGACGAAGGAAGAGAUGAGUUCUCCACUACGUCGGGAUCAACUCGUCUUCGUCAUCGUCAGCAGCAAUUUCGACACGCAAAGCCCAGACGACCAACCUCUGAAAAUGUGUUUCUAGUCCGCCAAAGAACUGAGGCUCGCAUGCUUCAGUCUCAAAACAAAACCGCGCGACCUACGUCCGAAAAACCUCUAAUUCCAAACAAGACCUCAAAGAAAGUUAUAUCGAUAGACACAAACCCCCUUCAAGCCGCUCAAAAUGGCGGAUUCCAACCAGCCCCGUCAUCCCUGCAGUCUUCUCAAUCAAAUCCUUAUCCCUAUGGGGUCUCCCACACUAGACCUGUAUCAAGGCGAAAUCAUGGGAGACAAGAAGUGCCGAUGGGUAACGGUGUGCGCAGUACCGGGAGACCUAUUGGUCUUAUGAAAUUACCUCCCCUUGACCCUGCGGUGGCAAAACGCGCUGAAAGGAUUGUUUUAGCUGCAAGGGAAACUUGUGCCUAGUGAGUUUGAAUUUUCAACCUCAAGACAACAUGAAUGUGCAUUUUAAGUUUAUGACAGUUGAAAUUAUUGUAGCAUUUGGGUAUUUUAUGAUUACUCUGCUGCAAUUUGUUUUUAUUUUCCCCCGUAUUUGGUGGGAGUUUUGUCUAUAUAAGUGUUAACAAUUAUAACGGUAUUAGCCGUCCUUUGUUUCGCAUACCCAAGAUGAUUAAAUUAACCAAAUAUUUGA